CUACAGUGGAUGAGACUUUUUCCCGGCUCUUCCUUCCCCGAACAGCCAGAGAUAGCGCUAUGAUGUGGGAGGAGAUGUAGGUGUGGAAGAGAGCCACGGGAUGUAACUUAUCUUGCAGUCCUGCCUCUCCCUUCUGCCCUGUGAACUUGCGGUACAGUCUCUCCGUAAAGGUUGGAAUCAGAGAGGAGAUCGUGGCCCUUCCUGCUGCCACCUCUGGUGUUGCCAACCCUCAUUAGUGGGGUGCAGCUGGGAACAGCAGCUCUGGAGAAGAGGUCACCCUCUCCCAUUCCAGAGCCCCUAUCUGGUCACAGGAAAACUGAGCACUGAGCCUUUUAGGACAGAGGGCAAGGACUUUGGGACUGAAGCCGCUCCAUUUCUGGAGCCAUCAUGGAACAGGAUAUCCACAGCUAUGGAUCCACCCAGAUGGAGCGCAUCCUUCUGUACAACUUCCUCCAGAGCUCCUCCAACUGCGAGUUUGGAGACCAACUGCAAGCCCUACAGAGCCAGGGGAUCGUACCUUCUGUAAGACAUUUCUGUUGCUAUGAUGAUGAGGGGGAGCUUCAGACAGAUGGGAAUCGGAGUGGCCACUUGCAGAAUGGUGAGCUGGUGUUUGACCCUGAGGUAAAUGAAGAAAUUCUCCAGAUGAUUGGUGCUCAGCUUGCUGAGAUUGGAGACCAGUUGGAUAGAGAAAUCCAAGCAAAAGUAGUAAAUGAUCUUGUACAGCAUUUUCUGAAUGAAAAUGUGUCUAGAGAGGAGAUAACCCAGUACCUGUCACAGGCAGUGGAAGGGCUUGCAAGGGCCAUCCCCUCGGACAUGGAACAGGAGAAGGCAUUGUUGGUGUUAGCAAUGGUCCUAACUAAAAAAAUUGCAAAUAGAGUGCCCUCCCUUCUACACCGCGUCUUCAGCACCACUGUGAACUACAUCAGCCAGCACCUCCACACCUAUAUUGUCAGAAUGCUGCGUGAGUGAGAAGGCUCUGCUCCAGCUGCCUCUGUGGAGAUUGUGGCUUCCUGAGGACUUUCUACUCUUCUUGAUGUAUUCAAAUUAUUUUAACUCUGAGACACAGCUGUGAAAAAGGAGGUACUGCUUUGUAGAUAGGCUUUUAUAGACUAGCCAGCAAUGACAGUAGUGUGAGCUGCAUGAGUGUCCUGCCAGUACCUGUAAGAAGUAGUGCUUGCCCUUUAUCAUUUUGCCAAAUAGGGUGGGGCUUGUGGGUUUUUUCUUUUUUUUUUUCUUUCACUAGCAGACUUAGUACAGGUACAGAGCCUGGCUUGUGCCUCCAGAAGAAAUGCCAUGGCCACAGAGCCUGGCCUCUCAGUAUACUGUCUAAUGAACUGCAGCAUUUGGCUUUAGCUACCAUCUCCCCCCACCCUGUUGCUGGUGCUGCAGACUUCUGUGCUGCAGCUGGGCUAUUGUGAAUGUUAACUGUUCGCAGCAAGGCUCUGCUGUAGAACAGGUGCUUUAUCAGCAUCACUCACCAAGGGAAAAAAAAUCUAGAUUAUCUCAGAGAGCGAGCUGGCCGUAGAUGGAAACAACCCUGAAAGAGGUAGGGUGAGGUAUCAAUUUAGAUGGUUUAGUCUUAAUCCACAGCAGCUCUGCUUGCUUGAGAAAUGGAACUAGAGCAGAAAAUUACAAAGGAAAGUACAAGGGUAAAUUGUUUCAGGGAACUCAGUAAUCUGGAUAUGCUUGAGGAAAAAUGUUCUUUAGUUUUAGAAUAGCUUGCUGCAAAGAGAAAGAAGUUAUCAACCUUGAAUCAGGAAGAAUACCUGGCAUCGCUGACCAUGAGCCUAUUGCAUUCACAUCUCAGGGCACUGGUGUCCUGUAAAGAAAUGAGACUCAGGUGUUUGUGUAUGUGAUCACACACAGGGUAGCUAAGGCUUCACCUGUGAUCCAGCUGCCUCAGAAGUACGAGACUGUAAAUAUUUUGCCUUUUUUUAACUUAAAAUAAAAUUGUCAUUUCUCAUGGCAAUACAGCUCAUAAGAGUUUGAAUUUUCACUACACCU